AUGGAGUCGUCCUCCCGAAGCGGCGACGCAGAUCAGGCCCUCGCCCGGCUGGGCUACAAGGCCGAACUCCCUCGAAACCUCAGCAUGCUCAGCGUCCUCGGCUUGUCCUUCGCUAUCAUGGCCGUCCCCUUCGGUCUCUCGACGACAAUGUACAUUACCCUCACAAAUGGUCAAGCUGUCACCGUCCUCUGGGGCUGGGUUCUCGUCUCCCUCAUCUCCCUGUGCAUCGCUGCCUCGCUCGCUGAGAUUUGCGCCGUCUUCCCCACCGCUGGAGGUGUUUACUACUGGAGUGCCAUGCUCAGCACGCCUCGUUACGCGCCUAUCGUCAGCUUCGUCGAUGGCUGGCUUACACUCGUGGGAAAUUGGACUGUGACUCUAUCCAUCAACUUCUCGGGCGCGCAGCUCAUUCUUAGCGCCAUUACCAUCUUUAAUGAGGACUUUGUCGCGAAUACAUGGCAGACUGUCUUGUGCUUUUGGGCUGUCAUGAUUGUUUGCGCGCUGGUCAAUGCUUUUGGGUCGAGGUAUCUGGAUCUUAUUAACAAGGUCUGCAUUUACUGGACGGGCGCCAGUGUUAUCAUCAUUAUUGUUACCAUACUCGUUAUGGCUCCCGAGCGCCGAUCGGCCGAGUUUGUCUUUACCCAUUACGAUGCAUCGGCAAGUGGUUGGCCUGAAGCAUGGUCGUUCUUUGUCGGACUACUGCAAGGCGCAUACGUUCUCACCGGUUACGGCAUGGUCGCUUCCAUGUGUGAAGAAGUCCAGAACCCUGAGCGUGAGGUCCCCAAGGCCAUCGUCCUCUCCGUCGCUGCCGCUGGUGUUACUGGAAUCAUCUACCUCAUCCCUAUUCUCUUCGUCCUUCCCGACGUCCAGAUGCUCCUCUCUGUCGCCAACUCUCAGCCCAUCGGUACCCUGUUCAAGGUUGUUACAGGCUCUGCCGCUGGUGGCUUCGGUCUCCUGUUCCUGAUCCUUGGUAUUCUCAUGUUUGCUGGUAUUGGCGCCCUGACCGCUGCAUCUCGCUGCACCUACGCUUUCGCCAGAGAUGGAGCUAUCCCUGGAUACAAGCUUUGGAGCAAAGUCAACCACCGUCUCGACAUGCCCGUCAACGCUCUCAUCCUCUCCACCGUGGUCGACUGUAUUCUUGGAUGCAUCUACUUCGGUUCCUCCGCUGCCUUCAACUCUUUCACUGGUGUCGCCACCAUCUGUCUGGCUUCCUCCUACGGUGUCCCCGUCGGCGUCAACCUUAUCCGUGGCCGCAAGAUUGUCAAGCACUCUCCCUUCCCUCUCGGCAAAUUCGGUCCCCUCAUCAACGGUAUUUGCGUCGUGUGGAUCCUUUUCUCCAUCGUCAUCUUCUGCAUGCCUGUUUCCAUUCCCGUCGACGCAGUCACCAUGAACUACGCCUCUGUCGUAUUUGCCGGAUUCGCCUUCAUUGCUAUCGUUUGGUAUCUCGCCUAUGCUCGCAAGAACUUUACUGGACCUCCCGUGCAUGAUGGAGAUGCUUAUGAGCCGGGUGUGCAGGUUCUCAAGGGUCAAGAAGGUAGUGCACCUGUGCACGAGGGUGCAAGCGAUCUUCCAGAAAAGGAUUCUAAUUAG